UCUUAACACCCGCUCGCUUAACCCGGAAGCCAGCCGCACCAAUGUGUCGGAGGAAACACUGUUCAACUGACAACCGGUGUCAGCUUGCAGGCACCCAGCCCACUAUAAGAAGGCUCUAGAGCACGAUGAGCCAAGUAAAGCCCCCCGGCCAAACCCUCUCAUAACCCGGACGAUACUGGGCCAAUUGUGCGCCUCCCUAUGGGACUCCCGGUCACGGACAGUAAUGACACAGCCUGGGAUCGAACCCCAGGUUGUAAUGACGCAGCAACACUGCGAUUCAGUGCCUUAGACCUCUGCGCCAUUCGGGAGGCCAGGGCUGACAAUUUUUAUUGGUACCAUGUGUGUCUGAGCUUUUUUUAAUCGCCUUCUCAGUAGAAAAUUGCAUUGUUUCACUCCUCCACCCAAUCCCAAUUGAUAUGUCUGUGUUAGGUGCACUUGAACAGCUGUGGUCAACACCCAUCUCCACCCUCUGAGCAUGUCCCCGAGGCAGCAUAGGCUCAGGCAGCUCAGACCACUGUGUUCUAUUCACAAUUUACAGCUCAUUCUUUGCAGUCACUACUUUUCACAUUCUUCUACAGCAGAAUAAGAGACUCAUCAACACUUCAAGUACCUUUUUGUUCUAUAUUAUUCCACCAUCAUGUCUAGUGGGGGGCUGAAGGACAGAAAUUCUGAAACACUGGAGGAUGUCAACGCAGUCACAAAAGAGCUCAAGUAUCUUUACUAUAAGAGGCUGCUUCCCAUAGAGAAGCAAUAUGGCUUCCAACACUUUCACUCUCCCAGCUUUGAGGAAGCCGAUUUUGACAACAAACCGAUGGUGCUGGUGAUGGGUCAAUACUCGACAGGGAAGACUACUUUUAUCAGAUAUCUCCUUGAGCAAGACUUUCCAGGUAGCCGUGUUGGUCCAGAGCCCACGACAGACAGCUUCACUGCCAUCAUGCAUGGGGAAGUAGAACAACUGAUCCCAGGCAAUGCUCUGUCAGUAGACCACAAAAAGCCCUUUCGCCACCUCAACUCUUUUGGAAAUACCUUCCUGAACAGAUUCCAGUGUGCCCUGCUGCCAAAUCAAGUCCUGGAGAGUAUCAGCAUUAUUGACACACCAGGCAUCUUAUCUUCGGCUAAGAGGAGAAUGAGUCGAGGAUAUGAUUUCCCAGCAGUGCUGCGCUGGUUUGCAGAACGUGUGGACCACAUCAUCCUUCUGUUUGAUGCACAUAAACUGGAGUUCUCUGAUGAGCUCACACGUGCCUUUGGGGCUCUGUGUGGCUAUGAAGACAAGCUGCGUGUGGUACUGAAUAAAGCAGACAGGGUCGACUCUCAACAGUUGAUGCGAGUGUAUGGUGCUCUCAUGUGGUCAUUGGGGAAGGUGUUUCAAACACCUGAAAUACUCCGGGUUUACAUCGUCUCCCUCUGGUCACAGCCACGUCUGUUGUCUGACCACUGUCAACUGCUGGAGCUUGAGGAACUGGAUCUUUUGGCGGAUAUCCGGAACCUGCCUCGAAAUGCUGCCGUACGGAAACUUAAUGACCUAGUUAAGAGGGCACGCCUAGUUAGGGCCCAUGCACAUAUCAUUAACCAUCUCAAGCAGGAGAUGCCCACACUUUUCUGCAAGGAGAGCAAGAAGCAGAACCUGAUCUAUAAGCUUCCUCUCAUCUUCUCCAAGAUUCAACAGCAACAGCGAGUACCAGCUGGUGACUUUCCUGACUGUGCCAAGAUGCAGGAACGGCUAAUGGGUCAAGAUUUCACAAAGUUCAAGACACUCAAGCCCAGCCUAAUGGCUUCCUUGGACAAGUUACUGUCCAAUGACAUUGCAAAGCUGAUGCCUUUACUACAUCAACAGGAUCUGAAGAAGGCUUCCCUGCCAGGGAUUCCAGAUGGAACCUUCUUAGAACCUUCUUGGUCUCUCUUUGAGCAAGUUACAAAGAGUGGAGUAAGCAGGGAAAUGCAGAAUGAUGAGUGGGUGGUGACAAAAGAUAAACAAAAAUAUGAUGAGAUAUUCUACAAUCUCUGUCCAAAUGAGGGCAAACUGAGCGGUACUAAGGCCAAGGAGUGGAUGGUCAGCACCCACCUGCCAAACUCAGUACUUGGCCAUAUCUGGAGGCUUUCUGAUGUGGACUGUGAUGGCAUGCUGGAUGAUGAGGAGUUUGCCCUAGCCAUCCACCUCAUUGAGGCCAAGCUGGAGGGCCAUGGGCUCCCAGGAGAGCUGCCUGCCCACCUGGUGCCCCCUUCGAAACGUCUGCAUAAAGGAUUAGCUGUUUAGCUUAGUCUGGCAGGUUGAACCUAUGAUGGGCUGGGCAAAGCAAAACUAGAGAACAUCAAAUAAUGCAGUCAAAAACAUCAACACUUUUGAAUGAAGAGAAAUAAUUCAACAAAACAUUUGUUCCUAGAAAAAAUGACUGUACAGGAUAGAUUUCCAACAACUUGGUCAUGUCAGGCCACCCACUGAUUUUCCCUGGGAAACCACAAUCCUGGCAGGAUUUUUCUUCCAAAUUAUGUACUGUCUACAAACACUAUGCAUUUAUAUUGUGGAUCCUGACACUGGUUCACUCCAAUAGAUCGCUGGAUUGUGAAUUGGACUCAUUCUGAAAUUUCUUGAUUUGAUUAUAUGUAUAUUUGUAUUGCGUUUUAAGAAAUACAAAUCACUACAAGGGAAUUGCCAGUGACAACAAUUUCACAGAAAUGCAAGUAUCUCAAAUAAAAUAAUCAGAAAAAGGUCCAGGGUUACAAUUGUAUCAAACUAUGAUAGAGUUGUAAGAAUACAUUGUUUUGUCAUUGACUAAUUCUAGAGAUUGUAUGGGGACAGAUUUCAAAUAUUUGUUUUUGUGUAUGUAAAAUGGACGAGAGAGAAUUAAGAAAUGAACAACUAAUUCAGUAGCUUGUUUUCAUUUGAAUAUUAUAUUACAUCUUUCAUCGUAAAUACAUGGGUCUUAUUAAUGAGAUAACACAUGUAAUUACUUAACUCGCGCCAAAAUAACUUCAGAGUCGCACUCAUAAAACGUGUAGUUUCCCCUUUUUUUUAAAUCACAAAACAUGCUAAUAAAAGUUAUUACAAUGGCAUAGUUUGUGCAAUAGUUAAGUUAAUUUGUUUUACUUCAUUUGAAAUACAACAUUUGUGAGGGAGCAACCAAGCUUUUUUCCAUUCAAUUUCAGUAAUGUCUACAUUCCAGAAGAAUUUCCCCCAGAGAGAGAUCUUGUUCUUGGAACGUAAAUGUUCCCUUAAUACAUUUCUUAUCCAGCUGGGGGCAACCAUACAACAUAAAUUGUGCCUCUAUCUUGACAUGUUCUACAAAACACAUUAGAUUUAAUGAAUUGAGUAAAUCCUGAAGGUAUUGCUUUGCAUGUAGAAUUAAAUUAUUUAAUGUAAUGAGAAGUUAUGUUGCUAAGAACAUUCUAUAAGAGAGUAUAUUCCCUUUAUCAAAUAAAUCAAGCAAAAAUAUAAUGGUUAUUUCAAAUCACUUAGGGAAGAAUAAAGACUUGUUUUUAACUAUCUUUGUUGAAGAUUUUGUGGCGGGAGAAAAUGUGGACAUUACGCAGUUUCCAGGCUAAAAGGGCUUCGUUCUCAAAAGUCUAGUGGUCACGUGAACGCAACGAUGACGUAGUUGGAAGGUCGAAUUUCCCAACCAAACCAUUUGAUGCAAGCUUUUAGGGAUGUGUUCUCUCCUGUGUGAACGGGGACCUCAUGAAGAUGAUUCGUGGGUCGCUCCGCCUUAUUUAUUUCAUAACAACGUCAAAUAUCAAGGAAAUAGCUUUACACCGACAACCCUUUUGCAACUACUAUCUCUCUCGGAGAAGGGCUGCUGCGAUUUGCGAUAUGGGAGUCAAAGUUCAUAUCAUCUACUGCGGUGGAUGAGGGUACAGGCCCAAGUUCACCAGACUCAAGACACAGCUUGAGGAUGAAUUCCCAGGUGAUCUUGAGAUUACUGGUGAAAGCACACCUUCAACCUCUGGGUGGUUCGAGGUGGAGGUGAAUGGCAAGUUGGUCCACUCAAAGAAGGAGGGGUCAGGCUUUGUGGACAACGAGCAGAAAAUGGCAACAUUGGUUGAUGCCAUUGAUAAGGUGUUGGGGAAAUAAGAUAGUGCUGAUUAUGGAGGUAUGAACCACAGGAGUCUGAUCUCUGUUUGUCAUCUCCUUGACAUUGCAUAAUGAUGGUGGUGCUCCAAUUGUCAAAGACAUGGGUGCUGCUUGAUGAAACCUGCUCUGCCAGGGAGGUGCCCUGCAGAUUGCUUCAACUCCUACAGUGGCACUGCUUUUGUAAGAUGGUGGGUGAUAACAAAGGGAGAAUAUACUGUUUAUUUGUCAUUGAAACAUAACAUUUCAAUUGAGCUUCUUACAUUGUUCCAUUAUUUUAACUUUUAGGCAUGGGCAAGCUUUAAAACAUUUAACAUUGUAUGUAUCUUCCCAAAUGUUGAUGCGACUAUGAAAUGCAAGUUCUUAACUUAUAUUUUGUUUAUAUGUCCACUUUGUUCUCUUAGUUUGUCUGUAUUUUAAAAAGGCCUGAUGUUUUGAUUAAACAAGGAAAGGAAGACACAACACCUCGACAAUAGAAAUGCAUAUUGCAAUGUCCAGUAGACUAGUGAGUGACAGUGACACCCUUGGUAGACAUGCUUCAAGGAAAGUUAUAGAGCUGCACUGUCUGGUUCUUGAGUGUCUUUUCUAUGACAGAUAAAUAGGAUACAUUUUCAUCUUAAACAGCAUCUAUUUAGUGUAAAAACAAGACUGUUAACCAUUUUAGUGUUACAUUCAUUUGGGGGUUUUAUACACAUUUCUAUAAACAUUACAGUAGUUUUAAUCUACAUUCAAGAUUGGUGUUACAUGUAUCUUCUCUUAAACUAGAUCAUGUUUAAUGCAUAAUGAAAGUUGAAACUGAUGUGAUAUCUGAGACAAGCAUGUGAAACAUGAUCCCCUUGCCUGGGUAUGGUAGAUACCAGUAGGUUGUGCACUUGUUAGAGGAGUAUACUAAGUGUACAAAACAUUAAGGACACCUUCCUAAUAUUGACUCCAAUGCUUCCCGCUGUUGUAGUAAGUUGGCUGAGUGUCAUUUGGGUUUUGGGUGUGAGUGUGAAAAAUUUAGCAACUUUUCAGUUCUUGACACAAACCGGUGCGCCUGGCACCUACUACCAUACCCAUUUCAAAGGCACUUCAAUCUUUUGUCUUCCCCAUUCACCCUCUGAAUGGCACACACACAAUCUGUCUCAUGUCUUAAAUUUGUAUUUUUUUUUACAAGUCUCCUCCCCUUCAUCUACACUGAUUUGAAAUGGAUUUAACAAGUGACAUCAAUAAGGGAUCAUAUCAUUCACCUAGUUAGUCUUUGUCCUGGAAAGAGCAGGUGUCCUUAAUGUUUUGUACACUCAGUGUACCAAGAUGGCACAUGUCCAGACACAUUCUCAUUUUCACAUGUCUAUCCAUCAACAAACUUCUGUGAUAUUUUAUUAUAAAUGUGAUUCUUCAAGGUCCUGUGAUGUAAUCUUCUAUAUCCAACCCCUCAAUAAAAGUUAGGUUUUCAUUA